AUGAUAAAAAUAACAACGGGUAUUUCAAUUCAUGUUCAACCACAGGAAAUUACACUUACUAUUGGUGAAGAUAAAACUGUUCGAUUUUAUACUACUGAUAAUUUGCCAUCAGCUGUUGAUAUUACAUUAAUGCGAUCAGAUUCAUUCGAUGGUACACCACACAUUUUCCAACUUGAUAAUCAGACACGAUCAGCAAAUGUUGUGAUAACAGGCUUACAAAUUACAAGUCAUUCCGUAUUGGAAAUUCAAAAAUGUAACUCUACAAAACCAAUUGAUAAAUGUCCAUUCAAUGAUUUGGAGUCUGCUUUUGUGAGGAUUAAAGUGGUGCACAGUAAGCUAUUAUCAAUUAGCAUUAUUAUUACUGGUUGGAUAUAUUUCUUUGCAUGGAGUAUAUCAUUUUAUCCACAAAUAAUUCUUAAUUUUACUAGGAAAAGUGUUAUUGGAUUAAAUUUUGAUUUUUUGUUACUAAAUAUUAUUGGCUUCACAUGCUAUACAUCUUACAAUGUUUUGAUGUAUUUUGAUACAUAUAUUCAGGAAUUAUAUGAACAUAAUUAUCCUCAUAGUUUAAUUCCCGUCUUAUUAAAUGAUGUUGUAUUUGCUACACAUGCACUUUUUGCAUGUCUUAUCACUGCUCUACAAUGCUUUCUCUAUGAUCGUGGUAAUCAGCGUAUUUCAUAUACUUGUUGGAGUAUUGCAACUUUAUUUGGACUAAUUGCUGGAGUAACAUUACUAUUAACAGCAUUUGAAAUAAUGAAUCCAUUACAGUACAUUAUGUGUUUAUCAUAUAUUAAAAUGGCUGUUACUGUAUGUAAAUAUUUUCCACAGGCGUUUAUGAAUUUUCGACGAAGAAGUACGAUUGGAUGGUCAAUAGGAAAUGUUUUAUUGGAUUUUUUGGGUGGAUCGAUGGAUAUUACACAAAUGAUUUUGCAAGGAGCAAAUACAGACGACUGGUCAAUAUUUUAUGGAAAUCCAGUGAAACUUGGUCUUGGUUUGGUAUCAAUGAUAUUCGAUGUAAUCUUUAUGGUGCAACAUUAUUGUCUUUAUCGAAAUUCUGGUGAAGAUGGUGCAAAGGAAAAUGGUAGUAAACCAAAUAUGGAACUACCGUUACAACUAUCACCAUUAUCGUUAUCGAUGCCGUGA